AUGUGCUUCGUCGAACCCGACGAAGACACCUGCGUGCGUAUCACCGAGUAUCGUGUCGUGCCGGUGCGCGUCUCAUGUCCCCGUCCGGCUCCUCCUCGUCAGGACAAAUGCAGCAGCGACGGGGGCAGCAGCAGCAGCAGCAGCAGCAGUGAUUCGAGCUCGAGCUCUAGCAGCAGUAGCAGCAGCAGUGACAGUGACAGUGACAGCGAUAGCGAGAGCAGCAAGAGCAAGAGCAGCUAUCACCAUCACCAUCAUCAUCGCCGCUCUCAUCAUCGGCAUCAUCACCGCCAUGACUCGGCCAUCGUAUGUCCGCCACGGCCUCCACGCCGGUCGUGCUCUCCACGGUGCUCCUAUACCACUGUGACGCGGACUAUGACUCGCACAACCGAGGAGGAGCUGGUUCCCUUCUGGUCAAGGAGGACACCGCGCGUGAUCGAGAGUCGCGAGUGUGGACCGCAUCGCGUGGUGGAGUGCUUCGAGCCGGAUGAGUGCAGGGUUCGACGGCGACGAGUUCCUUGCGAGCGAGAGAACCGAAACAUGUCCGGCCGAAGAAGAGACUCGCUCUCGUCCAAGCCGCGCUUCAACAUCUCCACCCUGCGCGGCUUGCAGCAGCCUGAGCUGAGCCGGCGUCUGGGCCGGCUGAUCAAGAACGAGAACACGGCCAUCGGCGCGUACGAGAAAGCCGGGCGCGAGCGCGUCUCCAUCGCAUCGCAGCUGUCCGAAUGGGGCGACUCCACCGAGGACGAUGCCGUCUCUGACAUCACGGAUAAGUUGGGAGUGUUGAUGGCGGAGAUGGGCGAGCAGGAGGAUAUCUAUGCGCAGAACCUGGAGGAUUACCGUGGUCUGUUGAAGCAUAUCCGGGACACCGAGGGCUCGGUGCAGCCGUCCCGUGACCAUAAAUUGAAGGUUGCGGAUGAUAUUCAGAAGCUGAAGUGGAAGGACCCGAACAGUCCGCGGUUGGAGACGCUUGAGCAGGAGCUUGUGAGGGCCGAGGCGCAGAAUUUGGUGGCCGAGGCGCAGUUGACGAAUAUGACUCGGUCGAAGCUCAAGGAAGCGUUCGACGUUCACCUGGCAGCUGUCAUUGAACGCGGAGAAAAGCAGAUCCUUCUUGCUCGUCACGCGCGUCGACUGCUGAACUACAUCGACGAUACCCCCGUGGUCCCGGGAGAUGCACGAAAGGAUUAUGACCGGGCUGCCGAGGCGAAGAUGGUGCUUGAGGAUGCCGAGAAAGACCUCCUGUCCUGGGAGAGCACCGUUGAUCCUAUUCACACCUCGGCGGGACAGAUGCCGGGCAAUACUCUUCUGCCUGUGCAAAGGGCCCGCACAAAUAACCGCGAAGCGGACGCCAGUAGUUUCUCCGACACCACCAGGGACAUCGAAGGAUCCGUCAACGAGGCGACUCGAGAUGUGGAUUCGUAUGUCGCGGCAGACACUCCGGAGGCCAGCGCACCAACCCGAGAGGUCGAAGAGACCAUUACCAAAACAACCAGCCGCGAUGCAGAAGGCCCCGUGACAGAGGUGACUAAGGAAACUAUUGUUCGAGACGUCAACGGAUCCGCUGCAAGAAAAACCGACGCCCCUCGAGGCACAUCUAAGCAGGCCGCGCUUUUGUCCGACGGCGCUGGAAUGGGAGCCCAGCCAUUGGCCGUUCCGUAUUAA